UGUUAUGCAAUUCUCUUGCCGACUCUUUUGUCCGCCGAAGCACUUCUUCUCCAGCAUUCAUCAGGACACAAACAAGGGAAAGAGAUACAAAAAUUUCACAAAACGAAUCAGAGAUUAUUAUACCUGCUAGAUCCGGAAGAAGAAGAAGAUGACAGUGAUCGACAUUCUGACUAGAGUUGACUCGAUCUGUAAGAAGUACGACAAGUACGAUGUCGACAAACAGCGUGAGGCCAAUGUCUCCGGUGAUGACGCUUUCGCUCGUCUCUAUGGAGCUUUCGAUACUCAAAUCGAGACAGCUCUCGAGAAAGCUGAGCUUGUUACCAAGGAGAAGAACAGAGCUUCUGCUGUUGCAAUGAACGCUGAGAUCCGCAGGACCAAGGCUAGAUUGUCUGAGGAAGUUCCCAAGUUGCAGAGACUUGCUGUUAAGCGGGUUAAGGGCCUUACAACCGAAGAGCUUGCUGCUAGAAACGAUUUGGUGCUUGCGCUUCCGGCCAGGAUUGAAGCCAUACCUGAUGGAACAGCGGGUGGUCCUAAAGCCACCAGUGCUUGGGCUCCCUCAACAGCAUCUCGUCCUGAUAUCAAAUUUGAUUCAGAUGGGCGUUUUGAUGAUGAUUACUUUCAAGAAUCACAUGAAUCUAGCCAAUUCAGACAGGAGUUUGAGAUGCGGAAAAUCAAGCAGGAACAAGGUCUGGACAUGAUCUCUGAAGGUUUAGAUGCUUUGAAGAAUAUGGCGUCUGAUAUGAACGAGGAGCUGGAUCGCCAAGUUCCUCUGAUGGAUGAAAUCGACUCCAAGGUGGACAGAGCAACCUCGGAUCUUAAGAACACCAAUGUUAGACUUAAAGAUACUGUGAACCAGCUGAGGUCAAGCCGGAACUUUUGCAUCGAUAUUGUUUUGUUGUGUAUUGUUCUUGGUAUCGCUGCAUACUUAUACAAUGUACUGAAGUAAUGAGAUGAACAUGAACGGACCCUCUCUUGCCCUCUGCUAUUACCGCUUCUUACCCGAGUCUGUGUGUGUGAGUGCUUGUUUCUUGCUGUAUUUGUGUGAUCGAUCUUUAAGUGUCAAGACUAUUGAAGUUGUUUUCUUCCUGCAACUGAGUUAUUUCCAUGUUGUUCAAGUCCAUACAUGGUGAAUACAUAUCUUAUUAAGUUUACCAAAUUAUGUAAUUAUAUUCAUUCA